AUGUAUUCAACUGCUACCCCAACAACUUUUUUGUACGAACGAGCCUCCAAAACGUCCGAUGAUGAUAGCGAAACAAGUUCGGAUUAUUGUAAAAAGCACUCCAAUUCAUCCGAAUGUGAAAAACCAGUGAGUAAUGACAGUCUUACAAUUGCAUUAUCAAUUGUUUUGCCUGUUAUUGCCAUUCUUUGUGUUUUGGGUUAUUUCCUUUAUAGAAAUUAUCGUAAAGAUAAAAAGGAAGAUUUGGAACGUGAUCCUGAUUUUUAUGAAACUGGUGAAGCUACCGCAUUACCUGAUUAUCCUGAAAUGAAACAUGAAGAUCCGUUCCAUAAUAGAAAUUCAAUCAGAUAUCCCAUGGAACAGAUUAAUAGAGAGAGCAAUUAUGACGGUAACGGUAGAAGAUUCACCCAACAUAUGGCAAGAAAAUCUCAAGAUCCAUAUCUAGAUAGUUUUGUUUUACCUUAUCAACAUCAAACAGGUUCGAAACUUUCCUUGGAUGAUUAUGCUAGAAAUUUGGGUGAUCUGCAAGGGUAUCAUACCCCAAAUCCACAGACUAGAGCAAAUUCAGUUCAUAUUGAUACUGCUUUGAAAAUGAAUUCAAAUACUCAUUCAAGAAAGCCAAGUUCUCAAAUCAGUCCUCUGAAAAAAGUUGAUGGUAAGCAAUACACUAAUAUUCCAAAUGAGUCAAAUCCAGUAUUACAUGAAGCAUCCCAUGAAGUUUCAAGUAUUAUGGAUGAAUCUGGUGGAUCGGCUUCCGAUGAUAGUGGUGUUGUAUCUCCACAAGAAGAUGGGUUUGGUAUAACUUAUGAAAAUGAAUCUGAAAUGGCUGUCAACAACACCAUUCCACAAAUUGUGGUUGAAGAUGAUGCCCAUAAUGAUGAUACUGAACAAAAUGACUCCACGGAUUUGUCACCUUUCAAUGAUAACAAUCACCCACAUGAAACACAAGAAACUACUUUAGAUACAAUUCCUAUGCAAAAUUUGAAAAAGGAUGUACAUGAAGAAGCUUCAAAUGGUGAUGAUGAAUCUUCUUCGUCAGUUGAAUCCAAUAGUAAUCCUAUUCACAAGAAAUCAGUCAAAAUCAAUAAGUCUCCAAGAAUUUCAGCUUUUAACUUACUAAAGAAUGACAGUGAUGCUGAGGAAGAUGAAGAUGAUGAGAAUGAUGAAUUAGAAAAACUAACUCCCAAACAGCAAGAGGAAAUCAAACGUAUGAAGUCAGUAUACAAGGUUUAUUUUGAUAAAGAUGGAGAAGCAAUCAAGAGGGGUUCAGAACAAGAAGGCGAGGAAGCUGAAGCUGAAGAUGUUGAACCUAUCCAAGGGGAACAGAUCAAUGAUGAUUUGAGAGUUGAUGCUGAUUAUGCAAAGAGGUAUAGCAACACAUCCUCAGUUUAUAUGGAUCCAGAAGAAGCAUUCCAAUAUCAACAGCAACAACAACAAAUGUAUUACAACCAUUUCAAUCAGCAAUAUCAACAACAAUAUGGAGCUCCAGUGGAUCCACAAUUGUAUCAACAAUAUCAGCAACAACAAUUUUACUACUAUCAAAGACAACAACAACUUCGGCAACAACAGCAAAGGCCACUUCGCCCUUUGCCUCCAUUACAACAAUUGCGUAAUCCAUCUGAUCUUCGCAAAUCUACCAUCCAAACAUUCACUGAUUUUAGACCUCGUGUCAAGAAUCAAACGGUCAUGUCACCGCCAGAGGGAAAACAACCAUUUGUGCCUAUUGAAAAUGACAAUGUUUGGACAUCACCUAUAAACUCACCAAGUAUACAAUCUCAAGCAUCAUUUCCUAGCCAGCAGCACCAUCGUAAUCAAGGUGAUUACUUCCCCAACCAACAACAGCAUCCGAUAUAUCAAAACAACGGAAAAUCAAACUCCAACGCAACUAUUCCUUCAGCUACUCAAGUUUCUCGAUCCUCGGUAGUGAUGUUGAAUCCAGUUACUGAAAUUACUAAACUGCGUAAAUUUAAACCCGCUGGUUCCUUACCUAGUAAUAAUCAACUACAUGCUCAAUUUGGUCAUAGUGAUUUGAAUGGACCCGAAAAUGAUUUGUUACCAAGUAAUAGAAAGAGUGAUGUUAGAAGAAUGAUGAAUAGUAAUUUCUAA